CUGAUUGUGCACCAGAGGAUCCACACUGCGGAACGGCCCUACGAGUGUGGGGAGUGUGGGAAGAGCUUCAACCUGAGCUCCCACCUGAUCAGGCACCAGAGAAUCCACACUGGAGAAAGGCCGUGCAAGUGUUCUGAGUGUGGGAUGUGCUUCAGCCAGAGCUCCAGCCUGAUCAGGCACCAAAGGACCCACACUGGGGAGAGGCCCUACCAGUGUUCCAAGUGUGGGAAGAGGUUUCAGACCAGCUCCGAUCUCCUGCGGCACUAUCAGAGUCACAGAGAGGAGAGGCCCUUCCAAUGCCCCGACUGCGGGAAGGGAUUCAAGAACAACUCCCACCUCAUUACCCACCGGCGCAUCCACACGGGGGAGAGGCCCUACGAGUGUGAUAAAUGCAGGAAGAGGUUUCCAACCAGCUCCCGUCUCCUCCUGCAGUCUCGGAUUCACAGAGAGGAGAGGCCUUUCCGCUGCCCCGACUGCGGGAAGGGAUUCAAGCACAACUCCACCCUUGUCAAGCACCAGCGCAUCCACACUGGGGAGAAGCCCUACGAGUGUCCCCAGUGUGGGAAGAGCUUCUCACAGAGCUCUCACUUGACCCAACACCAACGGAUCCAUGAUGGGGAGAAGCCCCACACGUGCGUGGAGUGUGGGAAGAGCUUCAGGUGGAAGUGCAACCUGAUUGUGCACCAGAGGAUCCACACUGGGGAACGGCCCUACGAGUGUGAGGAGUGUGGGAAGAGCUUCAGGCAGAGAUCCAGCCUGAUCAGCCACCAGAGGAUCCACACUGGGGAACGGCCCUACGAGUGUGGGGAGUGUGGGAAGAGCUUCAGCCGGAGCUGCAACCUGAUCAGGCACCAGAGGACCCACACUGAGGAGAGGCCCUACGAGUGUUCCAAGUGUGGGAAGAGGUUCAAGACCAGCUCCUGUCACCUCCGGCACUAUCAGAUUCACAGAGAGGAGAGGCCCUUCCAGUGCCGCGACUGCGGGAAGGGAUUCAAGCAGAACUCCGUUCUCAUCAACCACCGGCGCUUCCACACUGGGGAGAGGCCCUACGAGUGUGAUAAAUGCAGGAAGAGGUUUCCAACCAGCUUCUGUCUCCUCCAGCACUAUCGGAUUCACAGAGAGGAGAGGCCCUUCCGCUGUCCCGACUGCGGGAAGGGAUUCAAGCAGAACUCUGCCCUCAUCACCCACCGGCGCAUCCACACUGGGGAGAGGCCCUACGAGUGUCCCCAGUGUGGGAAGAGCUUCUCCAGCAACUCUAACUUGACCCAACACCAACGGAUCCAUGAUGGGGAGAAGCCCCACACGUGCGUGGAGUGUGGGAAGAGCUUCAGGCGGAACUGUGACCUGAUUGUGCACCAGAGGAUCCACACUGGGGAGAAGCCCUACGAGUGUGGGGAGUGUGGGAAGAGCUUCAGCCAGAGCUCCCACCUGAUGAAGCACCAGAGGAUCCACACUGGAGAAAGGCCGUACAAGUGUUCUAAGUGUGGGAUGUGCUUCAGAGAGAGCUCCAGCCUGAUCAGCCACCAGAGGACCCACACUGGGGAGAGGCCCUACGAGUGUUCCAAGUGUGGGAAGAGGUUUCAGACCAGCUUCGUUCUCCUCCAGCACUAUCGGAUUCACAGAGAGGAGAGGCCCUUCCAAUGCCCCGACUGCGGGAAGGGAUUCAAGGAUAACUCCGCCCUCAUCACCCACCGGCGCAUCCACACUGGGGAGAGGCCCUACGAGUGUGAUAAAUGCAGGAAGAGGUUUCCGACCAGCUCCAGACUCAUCCGGCACUAUCGGAUUCACACAGAGGAGAGGCCCUUCCGGUGCCCCGACUGUGGGAAGGGAUUCAAGUACAACUCCACCCUCGUCACCCACCGGCGCAUCCACACUGGGGAGAGGCCCUACGAGUGUCCCCAGUGUGGGAAGAGCUUCUCCAGCAGCUCUCACUUGACCCAA